UCGUUCAAAUUUACUAGAGUACAAUGAUCGUUGUGUUUGUGGGAGUGAAUGUGUGAAGGCUUAAAACUUUUGUUUUCUGCAAAUUUAAUGUUUUGUGCGUAGUGAAAUUGUUUUCUCGUCAUAGUUUGCGUUUUAACUGAAUAGUAAGAUGUAUGAAAAUUUUAACACUGGAGAAUUCAAGAAGUCAGAGGAAGAUGAUGAUUCGGACACUUGGUCGUACUCUUAUCCUUCCUACUCAAGAUUUACAUUUACUGGCAAAACUAAAAGCCGCCUUGGAAGAAAUCACAACAAACCCAAUAGACCAGUAUUAAGCAAAGAUGAAAAUAAAGCUAAGGAAGAAAUCAGCUCAAACUUUUGUUCUGUGAACUCGGAAUACAAUUCUCAUGUAGGAGAGUCAUCAAGUAAUCAGCCUCCUAAAACACCUGGAAUAAGUUGGUUGAGAGGAGAUACGUUUCCUUCACAAAAUGCUUUUACACCUGGCUCUAAUAUGUUUAAGUAUUCAAGCAGUAUUCGUGAUAAUCACACUAGUGUAAAUGAUAGUGGAGUUGAUGUCUCCUCACAGUCAAACUUUUUUCUAAACUUGAAAAAUGAUCCAACUCAAAGUUCUAGCUGUAAGCGAAAUCUCGCAUUUAACAAUACACCUUUUAAGUCAGAAGAAAAUCGUGGAAAUACUUUGAAAGAACCAAAUCGAUUGCUUACUAAGUCAUCUAUUCCUAAACCAGUUUUUUCUCAAAGCCCAAAACAUGAGAACAAAGAGAAUACUUCUGAUGAAAAGAGAAGUGAAUAUAACAUUAAGAAGGAAGUGUCCCCUUUUGAUCCUUCUUGGAACCAGUUGAAGAGAAUUUGUGAUGCUGGUAUUUCAACUCUUCCUUUGAUGACAAAAUCUUCGGAGACUGGUUCAAUGAAUGUUGGAGUGAUAAGUUUCCCUGAAAAAAGUACAAGUGAUUCUCUAAGAUCUAAUAUAUUUCCUUAUAAGUUUUAUGAACGAACUAAUGAACUAAAGAAGGAGGAAGAUGAUUCGUCAAAUACACCUUUAGAUCUUAGCUCUGGAGAAAAUUUAAUACAUAGAAAUACUGGCAACAUAAGUCAUGGAUAUGAUCAAAUAGUAGAAGCUGUAGAUACAUCAAAAGCCACAUCUGAUUCUUUGUCUAACAGUCAAGAACAGCCAAACAAUGUAGUAAACAAUUGUUCAGAUAAGGAUGAUACAACCAAGAAAAGAGACACUGUAAAUAGUAUUUUCCCCAAAUUUUUAGUUCCUCCUCAUAAAAUAGCAGUUAAAGAUUCCUGUAGCAAUUAUAAUAUAGCAAGUAGCUCAACUUCUGGUGUAGAAACAGUUACAAAACCGCCUACUUUUGAGUUGCUCCGUCCCUUAAACAACCAAACACCAGUGGUUUCAAGUUCUUUACCUCAGCUUUGCUCUCAACAAUCGAAGACAACAUCUAGCCUUCAGUUGUCUCAAUGCUCAAAAAGUACCAGUCAAAAUGACAACAUCCCACGGUUUACUAUUCCAGAUGUUGUUUCCACAGAUAAGAGUGGACUUAAUACUGUUAAAACUAAAACAUCUCCUCUCAGUUUAGUUUCAAAAGAAGAUCCUUUGCCAAGCUUAUCUAUCAGCAGUUUUUCUUCAAUUAAUAAGUUUCCUUCUGAAAGGGUAUCUUCAGUAGAAUCUGGGAUUAAUGAUCAAAAAAUUAAUUCAAACCAAAAUCAGAUGAUUUCCAAGCACACUGAACAAGUCAAUCAGGUAAACACAGUUCCAUUGAAGCAACUUGGAAAUACUAUGUCUUCCAAUUCAUUAGUUAAUUCACAUAAUUUAUCAAGUAAGGUACCAAAUGCAAAUAUUCAAACUGCAAAUCUAGGCCAAUGUGUAGUUGAUGGAUGUGUUAUACCUAAAAUAGAGAAUAAAAUACAGCAUUCUGUAAUGUAUGAUCCACUUGCAAAAUCACUUUCAAAUAUGCAGAAGCAAACUGUUCCUGUUUCAACGCAAGCAAGUUUAGUUGAUUCAUCCACAGAUAAGAAACAUAGCCCUUCAAGUGAUGAAAGAAAUUCAGUGCAUCUUGUCAAUGAGCUACAGAUUAAACCAGUUUUGUGUAGUAGGAAGCAAUCAGAAGAAUCUAAAGAAGUACAAUCAUCAUCGUUAGGUCAUUACCUUAAUCCCAAUCAACAAAGUGGAAAUGUUAGGGAACUGUCGAAGUCACCUGAAAAUUGUCUUUAUGAGCAAAUUCAACAACUUAACUUUAAUUCUGAUAGUCACAUUCCAAAAAAUGAAGCAAUGUUGAAACAGAGUCCGCCGUCACAACCUCAUUGUCAAGAGCAGAGUAUAGAGCCACCUGAGAAUUCUUUGAGAAAAUCACCUGAUCAACAAAAACAAAGUGUGCCAGAAAUCAGAGAUCCCAUAUCUCUUCAACAGGCUGGUAGUACAUUUAAACUGCCCGAUUUCAAGCAGAAAACGUACCUAGCUCCUCAACAUGAUCGUCGGAUUGCAAGUAAUACAAAUGAUUUUCCACACUUGAAACCAGAAAUUCCACAGCAGAUAAACAGACCAAAUAUUUCCACUAUGAAAAAGCCCCAAAAUAGUUUCAAAAUGUCUGCUCCCCGUGGCCUUCUAUCCCGAGCCAAUGCAGAGCUGUGUGUCAACAAUAAAUCUUAUACGAUACUGAGCAUGCUUGGUAGAGGAGGAUCCAGUGAAGUUUACCAGGUACUGGACCCCAGGAGCUCAAAGUUGAUGGCAGUCAAGUGUGUGGACCUGUCUAUGGUGGAUCGCACUAUUGCUGAUGGUUACCUAAAUGAGAUAGAUCUUCUCUCUAAACUUCAGGGCUGUGCCAGUGUUAUAAGGAUGUUUGACUAUGAGUACAGUCAAGAAUACAAAAUGUUGUAUGUUGUGAUGGAGAAAGGCGAUACAGACUUGUCACAGCUAAUAAGAGAUAUAUCGAAAACUACAAAGAUUUCCAUGUCCAUGAUCAUAUACUACUGGACUGAGAUACUUACUGCUGUCAGAGACAUCCAUAAUCAAGGUAUCAUCCACUCGGAUCUGAAACCUGCUAACUUUCUGCUGGUGUCUGGUAGACUGAAGCUGAUAGAUUUUGGCAUCGCUUCAUCACAAGGAGACAUGACCAGUGUGGUCAAGGAGGUCACCACAGGCACGUGGAAUUACAUGAGUCCUGAGGCCAUCCGGAACACCAGCAACACUAGCAAAGGUUUCAAGAUCACAUACAAAUCAGACGUGUGGUCACUGGGGUGUAUCUUAUACAACUUGGUGUACGGCAAGACACCAUUCUCACACAUCACCAAUACAUGGGGCAAGCUGCAGGCGAUAGCGGAUCCCAACCACGAGAUCGAGUUCCCUGACGUCGGAGCUCCGGUUGUGCUGGCUCAGGCUCUGCGGUCCUGCUUCCACCGAGAUCCCAAACAACGGCCCACCGUCGCAGAACUGCUCAGCCUUCAAUAUCACGCCACCUGCGACACCAACCACAUAGGCCGCCAGCUGCUGGCCAUCCUGCCGCCAGAUUGGUGGCUCAGGGUGUCACAUUUGUUUCCUGACGUGAAGUCAAACCAUGACACUAAGACCAGCGAGGGUACUACGGACUGAGUGAAGGAGCAACUGUUACAGAAAGAUUCUUUCACUCUCUUUGUCCUGAGUAUUUUCAGUAUCAUUGAAUACUGUAAGCAGAGCAUAUAUUUUAUUUUAGCUUAGCUGUUGUAUUAUAGUGUACAUUAAAACAAAUAUUUAUACGCUCGUAUUUAGGUUAAGGUAUUUAGGCUCAGUUCUUAUAUGAAUACAAUCUGUCAAUUAAAAACAUUGUACAAUUUCAAAUAUAUAUUUUAACCAUGCAAAUUAAAAAUAACAUAAGUUGUCAUUUUAACAACUAAAUUAAGUUAAAAUAUUAAUAUCUAAAUUAUGUCUGUAAACCAUUACAGUAAAAGACUUGUGUAAAUCUUACAUUGCAUUUAAAUUGCUACUGUUCCUAUCCGUUCUGUAAUAUCUUUACUCAAUUACAUGUUAAGACAAAGAUCAAGUAUUAAUUUUCUAUACAUGAGUUUGAAAUGUCUAUUCUAAGAAUAUAUUUCAGAACAUACAAAAUACGUAAAAUAUAAUACAUAUGUAUGUGUCUUUCAUUCAGAUCAAUAAUAUCUGAUCUUCUAUUACUAUUAGGCUUAUCAGAAGAUUCUCUCUUUUUGUAUUUAAUUCUUAUAUUCAAAUACCAAUUAUUCCCAACCCUGAUGCGUUAAGGCAAUAGAUUGCCACAUAUGGCAAUCACACAAGGAAUUCAUCAUCAGACUGUUAUUGCUGCAAAUUCUAUUCAUCAUAGCUUAGUUUAGCUUAGAUCAAGUUUGAACUGGAAUGGGUAGGGUAUUGCAUAAUAUAUUACCAAAACAACUAAAAGUUGUUGAGUUGGUGAUGAUUACGUAUCAGUAAUUUACAGUCUUGAUUCAGCAAUGUAAGAAAACAAAUUAAAAAAGGGAUAUACAGAGUUGAACCUUAAUCAUUCAAAAAUCCUAAAUAAUUAAAUUUUUGUAAAAUCUCUUUGAAACUUCUCUCUAUCUCUAUGGAAGAAUGGUUUAUUGAAAAAUUAAAAUAAAUAAACAUCUAUGGUUAUUGAAGUCUCUUGGAGUAAUUGGAAAAAUGUAAAACUAGUAUUUAGUAAAACAACACUUUUACAAUAUUUUUAACUUUUGGACAUGGCCUUUCAGAACCAAAAGUUUCAUCGUCAGGUGACUCCUCAAAAAAAAUGAAAAAAAAGAAAAGUGUUUGUACUAACUACUAGUUUUAUCUCUAUGUUUAUUUAUUUUAAUUUUUAUAUACCAAAUUAAAGCAUGUGUGUUUAUGUAGUUAAAAAAUUUAAUCCCUGUUAUGUUACUGUAAUAUAUUAUAUAGGAAUAAACAUUUAAUACAAAUUAGAAUAUAUGAUUUUUAUGAGUAGGACAACAAGAUAAACUAUAUCCAAAAAAUUUUGAAUGUCCUUCUUAAUGCACUUAUAUUUUAUAUCUCAAAAGUUAUAUACAUAACUGGCUAUAUUUUUAUAUACAAAAAAGGCAAAAUGAAAACAAAGACACCACAUGUUUUAAUUAACAUUCUAUAAAGAAAUUUCAAUAAGGAAAGCAUGUGUAAGACUGAAUGUUUUAUAAUGUCAAACUUAUUUAUGUAUCAAAUAUCUUGACGUAUGCAUUAUUCAGAAUUUGCCACCAGAAUUUUAAUAUCAUAGUUAAAUUAUUUCUAUUAUAAUCUCAGAAAAGUUUAACGUGUGUUUUAUUUUUUAUAAUUAGUUUAUUUUGUAAGUGUAAUAGUUUUGUUGUAUAUUUAUAAAUUGAAAUGUAUGCAAUAAUUGUAUUAUUUUAUUAAUAUAAAAUAUAACUUUAUAACAUUAUAGUAAUUAUUUAUUUGUAGGUAAUUAGAGUGUACAAAAUUAAUAACAAAGAACUACUGACACUGCCAGUACUGUGUGCUCUGAAAGAUGAAAUCAUUUCUAAGCAGGUACUAAGGUUAUCUACAAGGUAUGAAAUGAAGGGAGAUGAAUCCAAAAAAACCUUACCUUAUGUGCGAUUGUGUUAUAGUGUUGAAUGGGAUUUCUGCCAAAAUAAAAUGUUUUGCUAAAGUUUA